UUGCAUCACUGCGAUGACAAAUUGUAACAGCAGUUGUUUAAUAAACGCCGUCCCCCGUAACUUGGAAGUUUCAAAGUUCUUCAGUCAUAAAGGGCGAGGAAUAUAAUUUACUAACAACGGAUUGACCUGCCGCACAAUACCAAGUGGAGCUUGCAGAUUUGCCACGUGAUAUAAGAAGAGCCAUGGGGAUAUUAUAUUCAGAGCCCAUCUGCCAAGCAGCUUAUGAAAAUAAUGUACAUGAAGUGCACAAUCUGCUGCAGGAAAGCAGCAAGAAUUUAAACAUCCAGGACAGCAGCUACGGAGAUACAGCCCUUAUAGCUGCUUGCAGACAGGGCCACCUCAGGACUGUCAAGUACCUUUUGCACCAAAAAGCAGAUACAAAUAUCAAAAAUGAGAAAAAGAGGACUUGUUUGCAUUACGUCAUCCGGAACACAUAUUCUUAUGUGGACUAUCUGAUAAUAAUCAUCCUCAUGCCUGUUUUAUUAAUAGGCUUCUUUAUAAUGGAACAGAAGAAGAGAAGGACUGCAACGCUGGUGUCAUUGAUCCUGAACACAGGAGUGGAUGUCGAUGCUGUGGACUAUAAAGGAAACACAGCCCUUCACUAUGCCUGCAAAAUGAAAAGUACACAAAUUGUACCUCUUCUCAUGGAAAAAAAUGCAGAUCUUACAAUAAAGAACCAGGAUGGGGAGACUCCACUGGAAAUUGCAGAGCGGUUAAAAUUUACAAAGAUUGUCCAAAUGUUGAAGAAAUCAUCUUGAUUUGGAUCUAUAAUGGUUACCAACACUGAACACUUAGUCUAUUGUAAAUAUAAUCACAUUUUAAAUAAAUUAAAUACAAACCGUGCAGUCUUCCUGAAUUCGUUACAUUAUGCAGUACUGCAUCUAAAUUGUUGACAUGAAAACAGUAGCCUUUACAGUAUAUUACAUUUCAAAAUGUUUAUAUCUUCAGGGAUGUUUUUACUGUUAAAAGAUAAUAAUAAAAUAUACAAGUAAAAUGUACUUUAAGUGCCAAGGUGUUUAUUUAAUAAUACAAGCACUGUAAGAGGCUGAAAUAUAAUGAGGCUUGCAUGGACUGUACCAUGAUGCGGUUGUAAAAAUAAAUAUUGUACAGCACACCACUGGACAGCAUUGUUACAAUUGCAUAUCAUAGAAAUAUAACCUGAGCAAAUGAUUCAGUACUAGGGGUAAAGGUUUCAGUACUGCAAGUGUCGUGUCAGUAGUAUUGUUUUUAGUGAUGUCCAGGUGAACAGCUGUCUGUGUAUAUAUAUAUAUAUAUAUAUAUAUAUAUAUAUAUAUAUAUAUAUAUAUAUAUAUAUAUAUAUAUAUAUUGUGUAGAGGAUACCAAAAAACACUAUGUAUGUACUGCACUGCAACUACUGUACUCCAGUUAUUGUACAGUGUGUCACAGUGUUUACAAACAUCAAACAUAAUUACAAAUGCCUAUUAAUUCAAGGGUUUUUAUUCAAGUCCAGUAUUGUACAUCAGAAUUAAGGUUUGUCCAAUUACAACAGCAUACAGUAGUUCAAUUAAAAACAUACAGCAUGUAUUGUACACAACCUGAACUUUGAAUUGAAUUGAACCUGUAAUUUGAAAAAAAUUAAGUCAAGCUUUCAAAUUACAGAUUAAUUUUACACACAGCAAACAAACACCACUACAUUUAAUAGAAUCAUUGGGAAGUACAGAGGCUGCUGUUUUGGAGUGUUUUUAAAAGAAGAUUUAUUAAUUUGAUGAGCAGUUUGUCUUCUAGUAACAAUGCGUAAGUAUGCAAUUUUCUAUAUUUUAUUAACCUUUUCAUGUGACCUCAUGGGGAUGGAUAAAUAAAUACAUUUAAAAAAACUAAUCAAAAAGUCUUUCCCAAAAAUACAUGGGCUUACUGGAAGAAAGCAAUUGUACAGCUUUGGAAAACUAUUUUUCUUAUGGUUGGCAUUUGCUGGUGUGUUGGAUGUCACUUCCUCUCAGGUGCCCCUAUGGGGUUUUAGGACCUUGGUGAGUGGUUGCUGACAGUCAUUUUGGGACCCACAUGGGAGGUUGGGAGUCAAAAUGGAGGCCAGUUUCCAAAUGAUUCAACACAGGUGCAGCUGAUUAAGAUGAUACCACAUGUUUGGGGUUGUUGGGUAAAGGAGGUCUGGUGUGGUUCCUGGAGAAAGAGAAACUUAAGCAAAGAAAUGUAUUCUUUAAGAUAUAGGGUUUGAUUUUACAGGGUAAAAGGAGUUAUCCUUCCCUGGUUUAGAUUUACAAAGAAAAUGUGUUAGUUAGUGCUCCAAGGGAGCCAGGAUUUUGUUUGUUUGUUCUGAUUUUGUUCCAGUGGGGAAAAAAUAUCUGUAGAUAAUAAAAGUGUGCAAUCUGUGCUAAAAUAUAAAUAUGGACUCUCAGACUUUCUUGGC